AUGGCAGCCGCUCAAGCCUCUCUCGCAAAGGCCUUCAAGGCACUGCAUAAACCGGGUAGUCCUAUCAUUCUCGCCAAUGUCUACGACGCUGCUACUGCCCGAGCAGUGGCUGCUCUUCCGUCUUCCAGGGCUAUCGCCACCUCUAGCUUUGCUAUUGCUGCUGUUGCUGGUAGCAGCGAUGAUGACCUGACCAGGGAACUCAAUUUCAAGUCCGCAGAAACAAUCAGCAGCUCGAUCAAGGAAUUUGGAAAGCCUCUUUCCGUUGACUUCCAAGACGGCUAUGGAGAGCAACUUGAGGAUGCGCUCACAGAGCUCAUCAAAACUGGUGCAGUCGGCAUAAAUCUAGAGGACUACAACAGGGAGGAGGACAGGUUCUACACUCCAGAUGAAGCCGCAGCACGAGUUCAGAGGGCUGUCAAGACAGCUCAUGCUCUCGGCAUCCCGGACUUCGUUGUGAAUGCAAGAAGCGAUGUCCUUGUUCAUGGCGGCGAGCUCUCGGAAGUGAUCUCACGUGGCAAGAAAUACCUGGCGGCGGGCGCCACCACUGUUUUCGUCUGGGGAGCCAGCAGAGGGGUGAGCCGAGAGGAAGUGAAGGAGCUGGUCGAGGCAUUCGAUGGACGUUUGAAUGUAUUGAUGAAGCCUUCGAAUGGGCUGGCAGCCAAAGAACUCUCGGAUCUAGGAGUAGCAAGGAUCAGUAUCGGGAUUUCUUUGUAUCUUGCCGCCCUGGCAAAGUUCAAGGAAGAAGCCGAAAAGGUGUUGCAGGUGUAG